AUGACUAAAAAACCGAACGAGACUAUGAGAUUGUUUUUCACUGUCAUUACUGGGGUCAUGUUUGGAUUCAUGAUGGGAACAUCAUUUCCAAGGCUUCCACUAACAAAGCUAAACAUCACAUCAGAUUUUUUUCGGGAUUUUAACCCAACAAUCGGGAACAAUAGUAUGGCGAAUGCUACCCAAAACAGAAACAAAAAUCCCAUCGUGAAGGAUUUAUCAAAGAUUUGGGUCCUCUCAAAUCCGAAAGGUGCAGAAAGGUUGCCACCAGACAUUGUAGCUUCUGAAUCGGACUUCUAUCUCCGAAGACUAUGGGGAAAGCCAAGUGAGGACUUGAUUAUGAAGCCAAAAUACUUGGUAGCCUUCACAGUUGGUUAUGAUCAAAGGAAUAACAUCGACAAAGCUGUGAAAAAGUUCUCGGAGAACUUUACCAUCCUUUUGUUUCAUUAUGAUGGAAGAACAACUGAAUGGGAUCAGUUUACAUGGUCCAAACGAGCUAUUCAUGUUAGCGCGAGCAAACAAACAAAAUGGUGGUAUGCGAAAAGAUUUCUGCAUCCAGAUAUUGUUGCCCCGUAUGACUACAUAUUCAUAUGGGACGAAGAUCUAGGGGUCGAGCAUUUUGAUGCAGAAGAAUACAUUAAACUCGUGAAGAAGUAUGGGUUAGAAAUUUCACAGCCCGGUUUGGGAGAGAACAAGGGAACAACUUGGCAGAUGACGAGAAGAAGAGACGGCCAAGAUGUUCACAAGGAAACAGAAGAGAAGCCGGGCUGGUGCUCCGAUCCCCAUUUGCCUCCGUGUGCAGCGUUUGUGGAAAUUAUGGCUCCCGUCUUUUCUCGAGACGCAUGGCGCUGCGUGUGGUAUAUGAUUCAGAAUGAUCUGGUCCAUGGAUGGGGUCUCGACUUGGCCCUCCAGAGAUGUGUUGAGCCUGCUCAUGAAAAAAUUGGAGUUGUAGAUGCUCAGUGGAUUGUGCAUCAGUCUCUUCCUUCAUUGGGUGGCCAGGGGCACAGCGAGAAUGGAAAGCCUCCAUGGCAAGGGGUGAGGCAGAGGUGUCACAAAGAGUGGGAUAUGUUCAAGGUCCGAAUGGCGAAUGCCGAAAAAUCUUAUUACAUGUCCAUUGGAAUUGAUCCCUCCAAUUUCACAGCUCAUACAUAG